CAGGUGGGAGUUGUCUUACCAAACUCUGAUGACCUAGAGAGGGGGAACGACAGCGGGACACCACUUCCCACCUCUGAUAAUGAUGACAAUUCGCUGGGCUACACAGGCUCCCGUCUCCGUCAAGAAGAUUUCCCACCUCGAAUUGUUGAGCACCCUUCUGAUCUAAUUGUUUCAAAAGGAGAACCAGCAACUUUGAACUGUAAGGCUGAAGGCAGGCCAACCCCAACUAUUGAGUGGUAUAAAGGGGGUGAAAGAGUUGAAACUGACAAAGAUGACCCUCGCUCCCAUCGGAUGUUGCUGCCCAGCGGAUCUUUAUUUUUCUUACGCAUAGUACAUGGACGCAAAAGUAGACCAGAUGAAGGAGUCUAUGUCUGUGUUGCAAGGAAUUACCUUGGUGAAGCUGUGAGUCAUAAUGCAUCGCUGGAGGUAGCAAUAUUACGAGAUGACUUCAGACAGAACCCUUCUGAUGUAAUGGUAGCUGUGGGUGAACCUGCCGUGAUGGAAUGCCAACCCCCAAGAGGCCAUCCAGAACCCACUAUUUCAUGGAAAAAAGAUGGGUCCCCACUGGAUGACAAAGAUGAACGAAUUACAAUCAGAGGAGGAAAGCUCAUGAUUACCUACACGAGAAAGAAUGAUGCUGGCAAGUAUGUCUGUGUUGGAACAAAUAUGGUGGGAGAACGAGAGAGUGAAGUGGCAGAGCUCACCGUUUUAGAAAGACCAUCUUUUGUGAAGAGACCCAGUAAUUUGGCUGUAACUGUGGAAGACAGUGCAGAGUUUAAAUGUGAGGCUCGGGGCGACCCUGUACCUACAGUAAGAUGGCGAAAAGAUGAUGGGGAAUUACCAAAAGCAAGAUAUGAAAUCCGUGAUGAUCACACCUUGAAAAUCCGGAAAGUUAUGGCAGGAGACAUGGGGUCUUAUACUUGUGUUGCCGAAAAUAUGGUUGGAAAAGCUGAAGCAUCAGCAACGCUAACAGUUCAAGUUGUGUCUGAACCUCCCCAUUUUGUUGUGAAACCUCGUGACCAGGUGGCUGCAUUGGGACGGACAGUGACUUUCCAGUGCGAAGCAACUGGAAACCCUCAACCAGCCAUCUUUUGGCGGAGGGAGGGAAGUCAGAAUCUGCUUUUCUCAUACCAGCCGCCGCAGUCAUCCAGCCGCUUUUCAGUCUCCCAGACUGGUGACCUUACAAUCACAAGCGUCCAGAGGUCUGACGUUGGGUACUAUAUCUGCCAGACUUUAAACAUUGCAGGAAGUAUCACGACAAAAGCAUACUUGGAAGUUACUGAUGUGAUUGCAGACCGGCCUCCCCCAGUCAUUCGACAGGGUCCUGUGAAUCAGACUGUAGCUGUGGAUGGUACAUUAGUACUCAGCUGUGUGGCCACAGGCACUCUAAUGCCCACAAUCCUCUGGAGAAAGGAUGGGGUCCUCAUCUCUACCCAGGACUCUCGCGUCAAGCAGCUGGAGACAGGAGCUUUACAGAUCCGAUACGCCAAGCUGGGUGACACUGGUCGGUACACCUGCAUUGCCUCAACUCCAAGUGGCGAAGCAACCUGGAGUGCUUAUAUUGAGGUCCAAGAAUUUGGAGUUCCAGUGCAACCACCAAGACCGACUGACCCAAACUUGAUUCCUAGUGCACCCUCAAAACCUGAAGUGACAGAUGUCAGCAGAAAUACAGUAACACUGUCAUGGCAACCUAAUUUGAAUUCAGGUGCAACUCCGACGUCUUAUAUAAUAGAGGCCUUCAGCCAUGCAUCUGGUAGCAGUUGGCAAACUGUAGCAGAAAAUGUGAAAACUGAAAGUUUUGCAGUUAAAGGGCUGAAACCUAAUGCAAUUUACCUCUUCCUUGUGAGGGCAGCUAAUGCAUAUGGACUUAGUGAUCCUAGCCAGAUAUCUGACCCAGUGAAAACUCAAGAUGUUCCACCUACAAGCCAGGGUGUGGAUCACAAACAGGUCCAGAGAGAGCUCGGGGAUGUGGUUCUGCAUCUUCACAACCCCACUAUCCUUUCUUCUUCCUCAAUUGAAGUUCAUUGGACAGUGGACCAGCAAUCCCAGUAUAUUCAGGGAUAUAAAAUUCUGUAUAGACCUGCCACUGCAUCCCACGGCGAAUCUGAAUGGUUAAUUUUUGAAGUGAGAACACCAACCAAAAAUAGUGUCGUCAUUCCAGAGCUGAAGAAAGGUGUAAACUAUGAAAUCAAGGCCCGCCCUUUUUUUAACGAGUUUCAAGGAGCAGAUAGCGAAGUGAAAUUUGCAAAAACCCUAGAAGAAGCUCCUAGUGCUCCACCUCAAAGUGUUUCAGUGACUAAAAAUGAUGGGAAUGGGACUGCAAUUGUGGUUACCUGGCAGCCACCCCCUGAGGAUACCCAGAAUGGAAUGGUCCAAGAAUAUAAGGUUUGGUGCCUGGGCAAUGAAAGCAGAUACCACAUAAACAAGACAGUAGAUGGUUCCACCUUUUCUGUAGUCAUCCCCUCCUUAAUUCCUGGUAUUCGAUACAGUGUGGAAGUAGCAGCAAGUACUGGGGCAGGACCUGGAGUGAAAAGUGAGCCACAGUUUAUCCAAUUAGAUUCCCAUGGAAACCCUGUGUCACCAGAAGACCAAGUCAGCUUAGCCCAGCAGAUUUCAGAUGUUGUAAAGCAGCCAGCUUUCAUUGCUGGCAUUGGUGCAGCCUGUUGGAUUAUUCUUAUGGUCUUCAGCAUCUGGUUAUACCGCCACCGAAAGAAGCGAAAUGGACUAACUAGUACUUACGCUGGUAUCAGAAAAGUCCCGUCUUUUACCUUCACACCAACAGUGACCUAUCAGAGAGGAGGAGAAGCUGUAAGCAGUGGAGGCAGACCAGGACUUCUAAACAUCAGUGAACCUGCCCCUCAACCAUGGCUAGCAGAUACAUGGCCCAACACUGGUAACAACCACAAUGACUGCCCCAUCAACUGCUGCACCUCAGCCAAUGGAAACAGUGAUAGCAACCUCACAACGUACAGUCGACCAGCUGAUUGUAUAGCAAAUUACAACAACCAGCUGGAAAGCAAGCAAACAAACCUGAUGCUGCCUGAGUCAACUGUUUAUGGUGAUGUGGACUUGAGCAACAAAAUCAAUGAGAUGAAAACCUUCAAUAGCCCAAAUCUAAAGGAUGGAAGAUUUGUCAACCAACCUGGGCAGCCCACUCCUUAUGCAACCACUCAGCUCAUCCAAUCAAGCAUCAGCAAUAAUGUUAACAGCAGCAGUGGGGAUACAAAUGAGAAACACUGGAAACCCUCUGUUCAGCAAAAACAAGAGGUUGCACCCAUACAGUACAACAUUAUGGAGCAAAACAAAUUAAACAAAGAUUACAGAGUAAAUGACAAUAAUGCUCCAACUAUUCCAUACAACCAGUCAUAUGACCAGAAUACAGGAGGGUCCUACAACAGUUCAGAUCGGGGGAGUAGUACAUCUGGGAGUCAAGGACACAAGAAGGGUGCCCGCACCCCUAAGGUACCCAAACAGGCUGGCAUGAACUGGGCAGAUCUACUUCCACCUCCCCCAGCACACCCUCCUCCCCACAGCAAUAGUGAAGAUUACAGUCUUUCUGUGGAUGAAAGUUAUGACCAAGAAAUUCCAUGUCCAGUGCCUCCUGCAAGGAUGUAUCUACAGCAGGAUGAGCUAGAGGAAGAAGAAGAUGAUGAGCGAGGUCCUACACCUCCAGUCCGAGGAGCAGCUUCCUCUCCCGCAGCUGUCUCCUAUAGCCACCAGUCUACUGCCACUCUAACACCUUCACCCCAAGAAGAACUACAGCCCAUGUUACAGGAUUGUCAGGAGGAAAUAAGCCACAUGCAACACCAACCUGACCGGAGACGUCAGCCUGUGAGUCCUCCACCCCCUCCAAGGCCUAUUUCUCCACCACACACCUAUGGUUACAUUUCAGGACCCCUUGUCUCAGAUAUGGAUACUGAUGCACCAGAAGAGGAAGAGGAUGAGGCAGAAAUAGAGGUUGCUAAGAUGCAGAACAGAAGGCUCCUUUUGCGUGGCCUUGAGCAGACACCUGCCUCGAGUGUUGGGGAUUUGGAAAGCUCUGUAACAGGGUCCAUGAUUAAUGGCUGGGGCUCAGCCUCAGAAGAAGACAACAUCUCAAGUGGACGGUCCAGUGUUAGCUCUUCUGAUGGAUCAUUUUUUACUGAUGCAGAUUUUGCACAGGCUGUUGCUGCAGCAGCAGAAUAUGCUGGUCUUAAAGUAGCAAGACGUCAAGUGCAGGAUGCAGCAGGAGGCCGUAGACAUUUUCAUGCAUCGCACUGCCCUAGACCCACCAGCCCUGUGUCUACUGACAGCAACAUGAGUGCUGUUGUAAUACAAAAGGUCCGACCUGCCAAAAAGCAAAAACACCAGCCAGGACAUCUGCGCAGAGAAGUCUACACAGAUGACCUGCCACCCCCUCCAGUGCCACCUCCUGCUAUUAAAUCUCCUACCGCCCAGUCCAAGUCACAGCUGGAGGUGCGGCCUGUCAUGUUGCCAAAACUCGCCUCUAUAGAACCGAGAACAGACAGGUCCACGGAAAGAAAAGGAGCAAGCUACAAAGGGAGGGAAGGGGCAGAUGGCAGACAGCAUUCUGAUGUGCGGACAAAUUCGGGAGAGCGCAGAGAAUUGCAGGAACAGCAAAAUGAUGGGAAACUGCGAGGAAACAAAGCACCAAAGCGAGAAGGCACACCAGCAAAAACUCAUCUUCUCCAAGAGGACAUCUUACCAUAUUGUAGGCCUACGUUUCCAACAUCAAAUAAUCCAAGAGAUCCCAGUUCCUCCAGCUCUAUGUCAUCAAGAGGAUCGGGAGGUAGACAAAGGGCAGAUCAAACCAAUAUAGGCCGAAGAAAUGCUGCAGAAAUGCAAAUACUGGGAGCAUAUGAACAAGGAGAAGAAGAAGAAUUAGAGACAAAAGCUAUGUUAAAAUAG